AGAGAGAGAGAGAGAAGGGAUGGCUUGCACGCACAAGAUUCUUGAGCAAAUCCAGGUUGGUCCACUGCCAAGCUCAGCUCCCACAACCUCUCUUCCGCUUACUUUCUUUGACAUACCACUGCUUGCAAGCGCCGGCGUCAGAUGCCUUUACUUCUACGAAUUCCCCCACCCCACCCACCAUUUUACACAAACUAUCCUUCCAACACUCACACACUCUCUCUCCCUCACUCUCCAACACUUUUUCCCACUCCUUGGAAAUCUCAUGUGCCCCCCACCUCCCGCCAACCCCUACAUCUUCUACACCCACGGCGACUCAAUCCCAUUAACCAUCGCCGAGUCCACCGCCGACAACUUUCACCACCUCGCCGGUCACCACCCACGAGAUAUCAAACACUUUGCCCACCUCGUCCCAAACUUUCCACCGACCCAAAUUACGUCGACCGACACUUUCGUUUUCCCUCUUCUAUCCAUUCAAGUCACUCUGUUUCCCAACGCCGGCAUUUGCGUCACCGUCACAACUCGCCACGUAAUCGACGGUCGGAUCCGCAGCCUCUUCAUGAAAUCUUGGGCGUCCGUUUCCAAAGCUAGAGGCGGCGACGACGACUCUUCUUGUCUGCGGCCUUUCUACGACCGGGAUGUGAUCAAAGACCCAAACGGCGUCAUGGCGGUUUUCUUGGCAGAGUAUUUCCGCGUGAGAUCAACAUGGGAGAAAGAUACCAGCAACGCUGACGUCUUUCACGGCGACAAUGUUAAGGCAACAUAUGUACUAAAUGGAGCAAACAUGGAAUUUCUGAAAGACAAAUACAAUUUCUCAAGCUUCGUGGUAACCUGCGCUUUCAUUUGGGUUUGCCGGAUGAAAACAGAAUUUCACGAAGGAGAUACUACAAAACCAGUAGAUGACGACGAGCUUUGCUACUUAGCAUUCCCAGCAGAUUGCCGAAACCGCCUCAAAUUUCCGGUACCCUCGACUUACUUUGGAAACUGCUUAGCUUCCUGCAAAGCAGCUGCCAAAAGGAGCGAGCUAGUGGGAGAGGAAGGCUUUGUGGUGGCGGCGAAAGCCAUAGCAAGAGAAAUUUCAAGGAUGAAAAGUAGACCGUUAGAAGGGGCGGAGAAAUGGAUGGAAGAUAGGAAGAAUUUGAUACGAGCGGGGAAUGGGCGUGUUCUCGCAGUCGGUGGGUCUCCAAGUUUUAAUGAUUAUGGGACGGAUUUUGGGUGGGGAAAGCCCAAAAAGUUCGAGUUGAUUAACCAUCCGAUAUUUAUUUCUGUUGCUGAUUGUAGAGAUGAGGAUGGUGCUCUUGAGGUUGGGGUGGUGCUCAGAAGUCGAGCUGCAAUGGACACUUUCUCUUCAAUAUUUGAACAAUCUCUAAAAUUACUCAACUGAUAUAUAUAUAUAUAUAUGCUUCUUCAACUUCAGCUGUUGCAUGCCUAAGAGAUCAUGCAUGCAACUUUAUUUGAAUAAUGAUUUGCCUUCUUUAUUCCACCGAAUCGGGCUUUUUGCCUCCCUA